AUGGAAGUUGCAAUAGUUGGUGUGUACAAUUUAAGUCGAUUAUCAGCUUUUGGUGGGAUUACUGCAGUCCCAGGUCGCUCUUCAGCUGCUUUUAUAAAAGAAACGGAAGUCAUGCCAUCUUAUGUGCGACAUGCAUCAGUAGAUAAACACAAACGUUGUCGUCUAAUUGCACGUUUCUUUUGUAGAAAAGAUGGAACAAUAGUUGCGUCAGGAAAUAAGGGAAAAGAAAGUAACCGACCAUCUUCUCUUCCUGCUUUCUUGAUUAUACCAUUAGGACGUGAUCCUUUGGGAGGAAAUAGUGGUGUGAUAGCAUACAAGGUUGCCGCACAAGGUUCAUUACUUUCUCGUCGGCACUGUGUAUUGCAGCUUUCCAGUAGUAACGCAUUACAUAUUCCACACACUUCACAUGAAUGGUGUGCUCUUACUGUACGUGAUUGUGGUAGUUUAAAUGGAACAUUUGUAAACGGCCGUCGUUUAGCCUCUGGUGCUGUAUCCACACCAGUUAUAUUUGAUCCCUGUGAUAUUAAUGCAGGGAAUGAACCAUUGUUGACACUAGAGCUCGGCGCUGGAGCAAAGUUAAUCGCUGGUGAUUCACUUUCUAGUAGUCAGGUGCAAUUGCGAUUUCACGUAUUUGUACGAUGUCUCUUUGUGCGAGAAGAGGCUGGGUGGAUUCAACGUCGUUUGGAGGGUUCUUGUGUUAAUAUGGCUAGUGAAUAUGUGACCUCUGUAUGCACAAAAGACAUCCACUGGGAUGUGAAAAGAGACGAAAGGUUAAGAAAAGACGAAAAUUCAUUAGAACAAGGUCUUGUAUUGAAGAAUGAAUUGGAUUCUACCUCUAAUAGAAAUAACAGUGACAUUAUGAGUUCUGUCUAUCCAAGAGAAGUUUCUUCAAAUGAUUCGCAACACUCUAUUCGGAAAGAAUACAAUAAUGACAAGAAGAGCGAGAUUUCACCCUUUUCCAUCUCUCUCAUUUAUGGUAGUGAGAGUGGUAAAAAAGAAAAUCAAACUCUUACCUCACCACCCAGGGGUUUUACGAACACACACGUAACACCUGACCCUCUUACUACAUCAAAUGACUCUAAACAUAUAGAAGAAGAAAAAGAAGAAGAAGAAAAAGAAAAAAGUCAUGUGAUUAUCAAAAACAAAGAUCCAGUGGUUGUUGUACCGGAAAGUGAUAUGGGAAACAACACACAUGAACUAAUGCCUCGUGUAAAUAUAGAGAAACCUGAAGGUAAUUUAAGUAUUUCCAAUUACAGUGUAUCAGAAAAGAUUCCUAUCCAGGAGCAACAAGAUAAUCCAAUAGAAGAAACAGUACUGAAUCUUUCUCCAGUGUUGGUAAAGAAGAAAAAGGUACUAACAGAAUCACCGGAUAUGCAUGAUUCUCUGAGUAAUCGUUAUACAAGAGGAAAUCUUGCUCCUUCAGCAGUUAUGGUCUCAGAGUUUUCCGCAGGUGAAACACUACCUCCUCAUAAUUUACAGUCACUAGUCGAUUUUAAAGCUAUGGGAAAUAAUAUAGUACCACUUCAAGGGGUAAAAAAUAUAUCAGAGGCUAUUGAAAAGAAAGCAUCAACUGCUCAGGAAUACUUACCACAUAAUAAUUGUCGUCCAGAGAGCGAAAGUUUAUCACUUCCGACUUCUCAGGACGAUAGAGUUAUUGCUCUUCCUCGACACUGUGUUGUUAAGCAGGAAAUGUCGCCUGAAGAUGAGAAUUGUGUUACCGUAAAUAACUCACCACCAUCUGUAGAUUCUCAGGUAUCUAACGUUGCAGCGGUAAGUAAUAUGAUACCUUCACUACGAACGCCAACGAAAUGUUUGAAGAAGCGAAAACGUGCGAAUGACGUCAAGGAAACGUUAAAAUGUUUUAUGACAGAAAUUUGUGAAGUUCCCACGAAGAGUUUUUCUUCUAAACCGAGUAAGGCAGCAGCAGUAGAAGUAGUAGUAUCUGCUGCUGCUGCUGCUGUGUUGCGGAGUGGACUAGAACUUGGAUCCUUAGCGGUUUGUAAUUCUGAGAGACUAUCUCUUAUUAACACAUCUGGGGAAGUGAAUGUGAAGGGUGAUCAUUUAUUGAGAAGAGAGAAUCUUUCUUCUGUAGGAGAUUCUGAAAAUUGUAUUACUACUAAUAGUACUAAUUCGCAAGUUGUUGUACAUGAAUCAAAAUCCACUGAUGCUGAACUGGAAGGAAAGAAGAAUGUGAGUUCCACGAGUAUACUUAAUAAACAACCAAAUAAUAUAGUCGUUUCUCAUCCAGUAAGUUGUAAUAAUGCGAAAAAGGUAUCUCGAUUGAAAGUAGCAGAAAAGAGACGUAAUCGAUUAGCUUGUGUGUUAUCUGCUAUUGACCGAUAUGGUGAUAAUCUGGAGUACAAAAACGAAAAAGAAGAUAAAUGA